AUGGACUCCACUACCUCACCCUCGCCUCCUCCAAUGACUACUCGACAGCAAGCUCGCACCGCCCGACCACGUCUUAAGUACGUCGUUCAGCCUCCGAUACUCGACGCCAGCGAGCGACAGCCCAUCAAAAUCAAGGAGUCACUACGUACGAGAUUCGACAAUCUGUGCGAAGAAGCUGGCUGGACACCCACGAACGCUGUUCGAGAUGAAUUGAUCAAACUCACCAAACUCGACAAUGAGCGCAAACUACGCGACUGUGAAGCAGCUUUGUUUGCCUUUGUCCAGCACCUCGAUUUCGUCUGGAACAGCGGCUGGGUCUUGCUCGGCAGGAAGAAGUUCGACGAAGGAGUCCUUUACGUCUGGUACCGCCCGAUCUAUGGCCCCAGGAGACGUUUGAUUGAAUUCAGCUACGGGUCUAGCAAGACAGUCUUCAAGCCUGUGGAGCUCAAAGACAGAGUUGACAAAGACAAAGUCUGGCUACCGUUCACUAAGCUCUUCGACUUGACCAAUCUCAGCAGAGACAGCCAGAAUCUAUAUCUCACAGGCGUAUAUGAGAUUCUCAAGAAGUUCACAUACAUGCGAUGCAUUCUAGACCCGAACGGUCCUGAGGAUGCCGUUGUCAGACAUGGCCAUCCACAGCUUCCGCCGCUUCCCUUCAAACCUGGUUCUGUCUGGUUAAGGCAACAAGGAGUCAUAUGGGUUGAUGAUUCUCCCAAGAGCCAGUACAGGUCCCGCAGAAGACUCACGUCACCAUCACCAGAUGAACUAAAUGCUGAUACUCAUGUCGACAAUGACAAAGCUUAUCAGGAUGUCGCUACCACAGCAUCUGGCGUCGUGACCGAAGAUACCUAUCAACGCCAAACGCGCUCAUCAACAGGCGUCAACGACAUAAGCCGUACUCGUACAACGACUACAAGCACCUCAUCCCUCACCGAAAUCGAAGAGGCCCGUGGCGAGAAGGCCAUGACUGCUAGCAACUCUGGAGGUUCACCAUCUCGAAAGCGCGUACACAACUCGAAUACCGAAUCUGAGAGCUCCUCUAUCAAUACCGCAAGACAAUCUACUCCAGACAGAUUACAAAGUCUGUGUCAGAAAUUCCAGUGGACACCAUCUAAGCCUAUACUUCGAGAAAUACGCGACUUGCUCCAAUCGGUCGGCCUUCAAGCUAUAGGUAUGGAAGAUGCAGCACUUGCGCUUCUCGCGUUCGUCCAACACUUCGACUUUGUUUGGGAGAAUGAUUUUGUCUUCGUUGGCUCUCGCAAAGCUCAGGGUGCACAACACUACGAGCGAAUCUGGUACAAGAUAAGCUGCUGUGACGGUUUGUAUCAAGACAGCUUCACUAUUGAUGCAGGCAGACGACCGUGCUCACCGUCACUUGAACUAGUCGAAGUCGAGUACUUCUGGCCUUCUUUCAAUGACCUAUUCAACAUGGAGAAUCUCAAAGAUAUCAAUGGUAGACAGCAGUGUGGCUUCAUCAUUGGUACAUAUCUGAUCCUGCUGGAAUAUCCUGCACUGCGUAGACAACGGGCACCUGGUUCUGGAAUAGGUAUCCAAUUGGCCACUCGCUCAGAAGAUCCAGACCUACCAUUCUUACCGCCUUCUAGCUCUGAUGACAAGCUAAAGUCACACCAAGUUAGACAGUCUUCUUCGUCCAAGCCUCCCUCAAAACGAAGGAGACUGGUUCUCGGCGGUCGUGGAGGCGGUGCACGCUGGACUGACGAAACAGGUAGCGAAAGAGCGAACUCUCUUACUUCUGUACGUCAACACCCAUCUAACAUGGCUGGGGAUGCCGGAGAUGAUGAUGUGUCCAACGAUUCUCUGUUCACCAGGAUUGAGCGACCUGUUACAGAUGACCAACGCAGGCAGAACGACGCUCCCGCGAAACCUUUGGCUAAUUUAAUUGAGGAGCCUGAGACACAGCACAAGACGACCGAAAGCAGCGGACACGCUAGCACUCUCGAUACAUCAAUCACAGGAUGCUCUGAUAUGCCUACUGCCAAUGAAGCCGCUGGAUCGUUAAUACAUGCACCUAUCAUCACGAAGACGUUAAAGCCUACUCAACAGUCUCAGGACCAAGAUUUUGCCGGUAGUUUCUUCAGCUAUCUUCUACGGAACGUUCAAACCACAAGUUUUGUCGACACUGCUUCUAGCGAAACUCGGCUCCGACUCAAGGCUAGUCUUCCUGCUAGCCUCUUUCAAUCAUCUGCUUUUGGCUUCUCCCCUAUCGCGUCAUUAAAGAUGGUACCAACCCUACCUCCCCGUCACCGCAUCAUACAGGAGCUGGAAAUGAUUGCCAUGGGCAGAUCCGAUCCUCAGCAGCGAGUUACCCGUGAUGGAGACUUCGCACCUACUCAGAAAUAUCAAGCGGUCCUGCUACCAGCUCCUGUCGCAUCGAUGGUACGUGAGCCAGAGAAGUCGAGCACCAACAACAGCUUCAGCAGCAUUACCAUCGACCAGGCAAUCGAAGUUCUUCGUCGUCCUCGCGCAAAGCUUUUGUCUUCAGGAACUGAGAAAGAUGGAGGUCUCGAGUUGUUUGAUUUCGAAUUUACGUUCCCUUCUGCUGCAGUUGAGAAAUCUUGCCAGGACUUGAAGUUCAGUUCGAUCCUCUCGGUGGAGACUCUUCCGAUCUAUCUUACGAAGAGUCAAGCUUUUAGAGCUCUUGCCGAAUCCGCGAGAGAGGAUGAAGAGCUUUAA